UCUUUGAUAGAUCCCGUCCAUGAGCGGAAGUGUCUGGGAUCCUGCUCCUCUCUUGAAAUCAGUCGUUUGCAAAGGGAGGCGGAGGCGAACACCGUCUGCAUUUAUUCUCUCCAUCACCAUCACCAUCACCAUCGAGCACCAGUUAAUGUCUACGCAGUCGACGUGAACGCGUGCCUGGACACAGGAGAGGAUUAAGUUACUGCUGCUGCUGGAGGCGGAGGAUUAUUUUAUUGGCCUCCUCUUGUCACGCCCGAGAUCUUUGGUGAUCCCUUUUUUUCCCCAAUUAGGAGAAGGUCGAAAAGCCAGACAUGUCUUUCCGGCGAGGUGUGGUCAGGCAGAGCAAAUUCCGCCACGUCUUCGCCCAGGCAUGGAAAGCCGAACACUGCAUCGACGAUGUCCGAGUGUCCCGCGUGACGUGGGACACUCCCCUCUGCGCGGUCAACCCCAAGUUCAUCGCUGUUAUCAUCGAAGCCGGCGGAGGAGGGGCCUUCCUCGUUGUUCCGAUCAGCAAGAGCGGCAGAAUUGAUCAGUCCUGUCCCACAGUGUGCGGCCAUGCAGCACCGGUGCUGGACAUCCAGUGGUCUCCUCAUGACGACAACAUCAUUGCAAGUGCCUCAGAGGACUGCACAGUGAAGGUGUGGCAGAUUCCAGACGGGGGCCUGACGAGCCCAAUGACGGAGCCCAUUGUGACCCUGGAGGGACACAGUAAAAGAGUGGGAAUCCUGGCUUGGCACCCAACUGCCUUCAAUAUCCUCCUGACUGCAGGCUGCGAUAAUAUGAUUUGUGUGUGGAACGUGGGCACGGGGGAGCUCGUGUACCAGAUGGGAGAUGCCCACCCGGACAUGAUCUACAGCGUCUGCUGGAACAAGGACGGCAGUGCUGUCUGUACCGUCUGCAAGGACAAGGCUCUGCGUGUCAUCGACCCGCGACGGGGCACCGUCCUCAAGGUUAAAGAGAAGGUCCAUGAUGGCACCAGACCUAUGAGAGCUGUGUUCCUCUCAGAUGGGAAGAUCCUGACCACAGGCUUUAGUCGUAUGAGUGAGAGACAGAUGGCAUUGUGGGAUACGAAGGAUCUCUCUGAGCCAGUGGCGGUACAGGAGAUGGAUACCAGUAAUGGGGUUCUUUUACCCUUUUAUGACCCUGACACAAACAUGGUCUACCUGUGUGGAAAGGGGGACUGCACCAUCCGGUAUUUUGAAGUGACAGACGAAUCCCCGUAUGUUCACUUCCUCAGCUUACACAGCAGCAAGGAGCCUCAGAAAGGGGCAGGCUUUCUUAGUAAAAGAGGUGUCGAUGUCAACAAGUGUGAAAUUGCCAGGUUCUACAAACUGCAUGAAAGGAAAGUGGAACCCAUUUCUAUGACUGUACCACGAAAGUCAGAUCUGUUUCAGGGAGACCUUUACCCGGACACGGCUGGCUCGGAGCCGGCUCUCCUGGCCGAUGAAUGGAUCGCUGGGCAGGAUGCACCGCCCCUGCUGGUCUCUCUGAGCGGUGGGUACUCAGCCCAUCCAUCCAAGCACAGAGACAACCUGAGAGGCAAACCAAAGCUCGCCUCGCAGGACUCUGGGACUGGGGCCGCCCCGCCUUCAGCAGGCAAUGCAGCAGCUCCCACAUCUACAUCUACAUCUUGCUCUGCCGCCAAGGAGACGGAAGAAGAGGUGCCACAGCCACGAGUAGCCACGAGGGAGACGGAUGGAAAUACUGAGAGGCCGAAGAAAGAGGACGAUUUGUUGAACGAGUUGUUAGCAGAAAUGAAGGCCCUGCGUGCUGUCGUCCUCGCUCAGAGCCAGAGAAUCGAGCUGCUGGAGAGGCAGCUGGCUCGGAUCGAGGAUGGGGACGUAUGAGCAAGGCGCAGGACCACUACAUUCCGAGGGCAUUCUUACUAAAUCCAUAGACCAUAGCCUUACUAGAAUCAACAGUACCUUAAGCUGUGCGAGUGGAAGAAUGUAGUGAAGGGUAGCGGCUAACUGUGAAUCACGGUGGCUUACAACGAGACCACAAUUUGUUUCUGUGAUUGUUUUCCAGACUGUGGCGGACAGCGGGGUGUCAUCUGUAUAGAGUGAUUUCUGACAGUAAGAUAAUGUUUUGUUUUUCAUAUGAAGGAGUGUUGUAGCAGCUGUUUGGUGGUGCAUCCAGUGCAGCUUUGAGCUUUGCAAAAUCCCCACGCUAAUUUUGAAGGGCUUUGGAGGCGUCACAAUGGCACGAUUGCCUCAAAGUUAAUGCACAAAGUAGUGAUUAAAAAAGCAUUUAAUGAAGGUUGACAUACUAUAGCAACGCGAUUAAGUACCUCCAAUAUGAUUUCUCUCUCUAAAGCACUCACAAAUGUAACCAUUAGGGCUAUUUAAUCAGGUAGUUAAAGCUGCUAAACUGUGAUGUCAUAUCGGACCCCCCAAUUGUUCUUCAUUGUGUGACUUGUUUGCUUCAUUAUAGGACGCCACGUGUAAAGUUAACGGUAGGGAAAUCUUUUGGUACACAAAUCAUGACCUUGACAGUGAGAAUUAUGUGACUGAUAGCUGAUGAGAGUGUAGUUGAAUUUGUAUGUGUAUCGUAAUUCUGUGUAGUCUUUGCAGUCAAUGAAAAGGUAGCACUUGUGAUUUUGUACCUCAUGUUAUCAGGAGAGAGCUGCGGCUUUGCGGAGUUUCCUGUAAUAUCACAAGACCAGAUAUUUGUCCACAUUAUCAUCAAGAUAUAAAUACAGCAGAGCCUUUUUUCUUUUUUUGACGUGUGGUAAGGCUGCCCCCUAAAGAACCAGGAUCUCGGGUUUAGUCGGCAUCUUUUCAGAGCUCUAAGCUAAAAUGAGAGUUGUUCGGUGGACACAGGAUAUAAGUUGUGCUCCAUACAGUACAUCCAAAUAUAACUUAACACUAUUUACAGUGCAGUCUCACCAAAACACACUAGAUUUAUUCAGAAAAGUGUUUGCAGCCACGAGAAAGAUGAAGUUAUGGUGAAAUUGGAAACAUUUUCUACAGUGUGCAUUUAUAUUGGUGUUAAAAGAUGGAAAGAUCUUUUAGGUUUUUUUAUUUUAGUUUUGUGUUUUUUGCCAGUACAUUUAGAGGCAUUUUUUCUGUUACUUCUUCAUAAGUCGAUGAUCGUGUAACAAUGGUACAUUCCACAUCAAGCUUAUCCCUUUAUUACUUAAGUGAUUUCUAUUUCUUUAUGCACUGACCUCUUAACACUAACUGCAAAACCAGUAGCAGGUUAAAUGAGACCACAUUGUGAAAACUCAAUAAACAUUCAUUCCUCCUU